AUGACUUAUCCUCUGGUUGCUAGGUGCCUUUACUCUGGCAAAGGUUAUAUGAUUCCUUUGAAUCAAUGCAUGAGCUACUCUGAGUUGUAUGAAGACAUUUUCCGCACAUUCCAGUUUUCCCCAACUGAUAUUGUUGAGCUUCAGUAUUCAGUUCCAGGUUGUGAAGUCUGUUUUCUGCGUAAUGAUCGUGAUUUCCAGAUGCUAUUUUGCUCUGCCAGAAUACAUAGGUUAGAGUGUGUCGAUAUUUCAGUUUUAAAGACUGGGGGAGGUUGUAGGAGAAACUGUUCUGUGGAUAGUUGUUCGGAAGUUAUUGAUGAAGAUGAUUAUUUGGGUGAUGCAUUCAGGACUAAAGUUCACAAGACGUAUUUGUCUGAUGAGUGGAGUUCUUAUAUUCAUAAUAUCGGGGAUAAGUUUCAUGGCGCUGCUGAGCUCCGUGAAAAGCUCAGGAAGUAUGCAAUUGCACUUGGUUUCAAGUUUGUAUUCCUGAGAAAUGAUUUGGACCGUAUUCAUGCAGUCUGUGCAAAUGUUGGAACUGAAGGUUGUGAUUGGCAUCUUCGGGCUUUUUCAUCAUCUGCCAAUGGUUGCCUUUAUAUCACAGAGUUGAAUAAUACUCACUCUUGCAAGGGUGUAGUUAGGACUCAAAAACACAAGCUUUUGGGAUCCAAGGUUGUCAAGACUUGCAUUUCUGCAGAUGUUAGCUUUAAUCUUUCAUUGAAGCCACGGGAGAUUAUGAGCAAGUUCAAAUCAACAUAUGGGUUUGAUAUUUCAUACAAGGUUGCCUUGAAAGCAAAGCAUCGGGCCAAGGAAGCAAUUUAUGGUUCCGAUGCAAACACGUUCAGCAAGUUAUCUUGGUAUAAGGAAGCUGUUUUGCAGAGUAACCCCGGCUCUUCUUUUGUGUUGGAGGUUGAACCAUCAUCAAAUCGUUUUCAGAGGCUUUUCGUAGCUUACGGAGGUUGUGUAGAAGGCUUCCAAUUCUGUUUGCCAGUGUUGUAUGUUGAUGGAACGUUUGGUAAAAGCAUUUGCAAGGGGCAGAUUCUGUCUGCAACUGGAAGGAAUGGGAAUCAAGGUUUCUAUCCUCUAGCCAUAUGUUUUUGUGAUUCUGAGACAGAUGCAAACUGGACAUUCUUUUUCAAGCAUUUGAAGAGUCUGCUUGAACCUCAAGGAAGAGUUAUCACAUUUAUUAGUAAUCGGGGUGUUGGAUUGUUGAGCGCUUUUGAUAAGGUAUUUGCUGGUAAUCCUCAUCUAUUUUGUUACAAGCACUUGGUGGCGAACCUUGCCAGUAAAUAUAGGGGUAAAGGUAAUUCAAAAUUGAUAGAAGAUGUAAAGCAGAAGUUUUUUAAGGUUGCAUAUUCAUCUACACAGAAGGAAUACCGUUUCAAUUUGCGGUUACUUAGAGCAGUUGGAGGUGCCGAUAUUAUUGACCCUUUUCUUUCUGAAUUGCCUGUGGAAAAUUGUCUAUUGUAUGCUGGACCAGACAAGAAUUAA